UUUAAGCCUCUCGGUCUGUGGCAGCCGCGUUAGGCCGGCCCCGGGAGCGGAGAGCGAGGGGAGGCGGAGACCGAGGAAGGUCCGAGGAGCAGCUCCGAUCCCCGUCGAGCCGCCACUGCAGGCCGAGGACGGUCGGACUACCGCGGCGGGAGGAGCCUGUUCCCCUGAGUUCCAGGUUAGAGCCUUUGGAAGGAUCUGUUUGCCAGUUUAAAGGGCUCUACAAGCAAGCUUGGAGAUCUUUUUAGUAAAACACAAUUUUAAAGGGGGAAAUUGGAUGAAGGCAGUCAAAAGGGUCUCUGAAGUACACCAUACUACGGUUUUGAAAGUCUUGUGUGGACAAUGGCUACCCAAGCUGACUUGAUGGAGCUGGACAUGGCCAUGGAGCCAGACAGAAAAGCAGCUGUUAGUCACUGGCAGCAACAAUCUUACCUGGACUCUGGAAUCCAUUCUGGUGCCACUACCACAGCUCCUUCUCUGAGUGGUAAAGGCAAUCCUGAGGAAGAGGAUGUGGAUACCACCCAAGUCCUGUAUGAGUGGGAGCAGGGAUUUUCUCAGUCCUUCACUCAAGAACAAGUAGCUGAUAUCGAUGGACAGUAUGCAAUGACUCGAGCUCAGAGGGUACGAGCUGCUAUGUUCCCUGAGACAUUAGAUGAGGGCAUGCAGAUCCCAUCUACACAGUUUGAUGCCGCUCAUCCCACUAAUGUCCAGCGUCUGGCUGAACCAUCACAGAUGCUGAAACAUGCAGUUGUAAAUUUGAUUAACUAUCAAGAUGAUGCAGAACUUGCCACACGUGCAAUCCCUGAAUUGACAAAACUGCUAAACGAUGAAGACCAGGUGGUGGUUAAUAAGGCUGCAGUUAUGGUCCAUCAGCUUUCUAAAAAGGAAGCUUCCAGACACGCCAUCAUGCGUUCUCCUCAGAUGGUGUCUGCUAUUGUACGCACCAUGCAGAAUACAAAUGAUGUGGAAACGGCUCGCUGUACUGCUGGGACCUUACACAAUCUUUCCCAUCAUCGUGAGGGCUUGCUGGCCAUCUUUAAGUCUGGGGGCAUUCCUGCCCUGGUGAAGAUGCUUGGUUCACCAGUGGAUUCUGUAUUGUUUUAUGCCAUUACAACUCUCCACAACCUUUUAUUGCAUCAGGAAGGAGCUAAAAUGGCAGUGCGUUUAGCUGGCGGGCUGCAGAAAAUGGUUGCCUUGCUCAACAAAACAAAUGUUAAAUUCUUGGCUAUUACAACAGACUGCCUUCAGAUUUUAGCUUAUGGCAAUCAAGAAAGCAAGCUGAUCAUUUUGGCUAGUGGUGGACCUCAAGCUUUAGUGAAUAUAAUGAGGACCUACACCUAUGAGAAACUACUGUGGACCACAAGCAGAGUACUGAAGGUGCUGUCUGUCUGCUCUAGUAAUAAGCCGGCUAUUGUAGAAGCUGGUGGAAUGCAAGCUUUAGGACUUCACCUGACAGAUCCAAGUCAACGUCUUGUUCAGAAUUGUCUUUGGACUCUGAGGAAUCUUUCAGAUGCUGCAACUAAACAGGAAGGGAUGGAGGGUCUUCUUGGGACCCUUGUUCAGCUUCUGGGCUCAGAUGAUAUAAAUGUGGUCACCUGCGCAGCUGGAAUUCUUUCUAAUCUCACUUGCAAUAAUUACAAGAACAAGAUGAUGGUGUGCCAAGUGGGUGGUAUAGAGGCUCUUGUGCGUACUGUCCUUCGUGCUGGUGACAGGGAGGAUAUCACUGAGCCUGCCAUCUGUGCUCUUCGUCAUCUGACCAGCCGACACCAGGAAGCUGAGAUGGCCCAGAAUGCUGUUCGCCUUCACUAUGGACUGCCAGUUGUGGUUAAACUCCUACAUCCACCAUCCCAUUGGCCUCUGAUCAAGGCUACCGUUGGAUUGAUUCGAAAUCUUGCCCUUUGUCCCGCAAAUCACGCACCUUUGCGUGAGCAGGGUGCCAUUCCACGACUAGUUCAGUUGCUGGUUCGUGCACAUCAGGAUACCCAGCGCCGUACAUCUAUGGGUGGAACACAGCAGCAGUUUGUGGAGGGGGUCCGCAUGGAAGAAAUAGUUGAAGGUUGUACUGGAGCCCUUCACAUCCUAGCUCGGGAUGUUCACAACCGAAUUGUUAUCAGAGGCCUAAAUACCAUUCCAUUGUUUGUGCAGCUGCUUUAUUCUCCCAUUGAAAAUAUCCAAAGAGUAGCUGCAGGGGUCCUCUGUGAACUUGCUCAGGACAAGGAGGCUGCAGAAGCUAUUGAAGCUGAGGGAGCCACAGCUCCUCUGACAGAAUUACUUCAUUCUAGGAAUGAAGGUGUGGCAACAUAUGCAGCUGCUGUUUUGUUCCGAAUGUCUGAGGACAAGCCACAGGAUUAUAAGAAACGGCUUUCGGUUGAGCUGACCAGUUCUCUCUUCAGAACGGAACCAAUGGCUUGGAAUGAGACUGCUGAUCUUGGACUUGAUAUCGGUGCCCAGGGAGAACCCCUUGGAUAUCGCCAGGAUGAUCCCAGCUAUCGUUCUUUUCACUCUGGUGGAUACGGCCAGGAUGCCUUGGGUAUGGACCCCAUGAUGGAGCAUGAGAUGGGCGGCCACCACCCUGGUGCUGACUAUCCAGUUGAUGGGCUGCCAGAUCUGGGGCAUGCCCAGGACCUCAUGGAUGGGCUGCCUCCAGGUGACAGCAAUCAGCUGGCCUGGUUUGAUACUGACCUGUAAAUCAUCCUUUAGGUAAGAAGUUAAAAAAGCCAGUUUGGGUAAAAUACUUUUACUCUGCCUACAGAACUUCAGAAAGACUUGGUUGGUAGGGUGGGAGUGGUUUAGGCCUAUUUGUAAAUCUGCCACAAAAAAAGAUACAUUGAAAGGAGAUGUCUUGGAACAUGUGAAUGUUCUCAGAUUUCUGGUUUGUUACGUGGUCAUGUGUGGAAGUUAUUAACUUUAAUGUUUUUUGCCACAGCUUUUGCAACUUAAUACUCAAAUGAGUAACAUUUGCUGUUCUAAACAUUAAUAGCAGCCUUUCUCUCUUUAUACAGCUGUAUUGUCUGAACUUGCAUUGUGAUUGGCCUGUAGAGUUGCUGAGAGGGCUCGAGGGGUGGGCUGGUAUCUCAGAAAGUGCCUGACACACUAACCAAGCUGAGUUUCCUAUGGGAACAAUUGAAGUAAACUUUUUGUUCUGGUCCUUUUUGGUCGAGGAGUAACAAUACAAAUGGAUUUUGGGAGUGACUCAAGAAGUGAAGAAUGCACAAGAGUGGAUCACAAGAUGGAAUUUAUCAAACUCUAGCCUUGCUUGUUAAAAUUUUUUUUUAAAUAUCUGUAAUGGUACUGACUUUGCUUGCUUUGAAGUAGCUUUUUUUUUCUUUUUUUCUUUUUUUUUGCAGUAACUGUUAGUUUUUUAAGUCUCUCAUAGUGUUAAGUUAUAGUGAAUACUGCUACAGCAAUUUCUAAUUUUUAAAAAUUGAGUAAUGGUGUAGAACACUAAUUCAUAAUCACUCUAAUUGUAAUCUGAAUAAAGUGUAACAUUGUGUAGCCUUUUUGUAUAAAAUAGACAAAUAGAAAUGGUCCAAUUAGUUUCCUUUUUAAUAUGCUUAAAAUAAGCAGGUGGAUCUAUUUCAUGUUUUUGAUCAAAAACUUUAUUUGGGAUAUGUAUGGGUAGGGUAAAUCAGUAAGAGGUGUUAUUUGGAACCUUGUUUUGGACAGUUUACCAGUUGCCUUUUAUCCCAAAGUUGUUGUAACCUGCGGUGAUACAAUGCUUCAAGAGAAAAUGCGGUUAUAAAAAUGGUUCAGAAUUAAACUUUUAAUUCAUUC